AAAAAAUAAAAACAAAAUGGCUGUCAAGCCUGCCAAUAAGAGAAGAUCUAUCCAAGUCGGAUCCCCCCUAUUAGCAUCCCCACUGAAACCUACGCGAGACAAUACUCGGGAUCACCCUCCUAUCAAGCCGAGUGCACAGCCUGAACCGACCAAGGCCAACCCCCUCAAGAAGAAACGACUCAGUGCGAGCCGCACAAUCAUGAACAGCCAGAGGAGGGAGAACCAAGCUGGCGGCGCGGCCGAAGUCGACACCCACAAGAAGGGCGCCGGAAACGCAUUGGUCGAGCAUUUGAAGGAGAGAGACGCUGCAAAGAUCCUCCGGAUCAAGACCCAUCUCAACCUCAUCAAUUCCUUCAACUUACUCCUCAACCUCUCCAGGCUCACUCUUCUAUCCUUCAACUCCGACACUAUCUCUCAUGCCCACCGCCAAACCCAUAAUCAGACUGGGCACCUAACCACCGAUGAUGAUCCAAACCAAGACAAGCGGCUGAAGGAGGAUGAGGAGUUAGAGGCUAGCUUCUAUCAUUUGGCCUUGUUUCGCUUCGAGCUUUGGCUCGGACGGAUCGCAGAUUAUCUGCCUCAGUCACUCUACAAGCUCAAGAGGCCCGACCAAAAAUCCAACUCCAACUUCAAGAAAGAUGACUACGAGAUCGAACUCACGUUGGAUUACUUACCGCCACUUGAUGUCCUGAAUUACUACGAGGAUGACUUGAGAUUGUAUCCGAUCUUGAAGCAUUUAAGAUUUCCUCUGGAAUUGGCGGCAGCCGAAUAUGACCUGUUUUGCCCCAAGACAAACGUCCAAAAGCUAGGACCAGCCAGCCAGAUUGGCGAAGAAGAGACGGGCGAGUUACUGAGGAAGAUCAAGCAAAUAUCCGACCCUGCACACAGUUGCCCUAGCUUCAAGGACGACAAGCACCUCAGAAAUCCGAGCGUGCUCUUGGGAUUGCUCUCGCCCAAAAGCUUCGAUUCUCCCGCCGGAUCACAUUCGAGAAAGCUGUGGACCAGCUUGACAAACACCGAUUUUAAUCUCAUCAGGUUUAUUAAUCAACCCAGCUUGCGUACUUUUAUCUGUCCCCAAUGCGAUGAUACUCUCGAAUCUCCCUUUUAUGUGAAGGAUAAACAGACAAACACCGUCAAGGUGACCGAUUCUUGCUGGUCAUACUCGGGCCCGAAGGCCCACGAGUCGCAGCACAAACCGACUUCGACCAGUGUUCGGCAGGAUGAUCCAGGGGCGGCGUUCGGCCAAGAGGAGUCCACGCGGAAUCGCUUGGAGAAUUCAAGAGAUGCCCACCCUGCUGGCUCACACAAAAACCACGCCAAGCUCAGGUGUGCUAAUUGCAACUGGACAGGCGUCAAACAAGACUUGAGCUUGUUCAAGUAUGCCAGCGAGUUCAAAUUCUCUGCGGCUAACCUUUGUCUGAAGACUGCGAGCAGCCAUCCGCCUCAAGACGCAGUGAACUGUUUAGCCGGCACAUGAACAACCUUGGAUGACUUGAACGAUGCUAAAAACACGGUCAAGUUUAAUGGCUUGUUUCUGAAGGAGAAAACCGACCUGGUACAUGCUCUGCAUGAGCGUACCCAAGUCGAACAUCAUCAGUCGGAUGCGGAUCUUUACCUCAAAAGAACCUUCAUUGAACCAUUGAUCUUUCUUCCUUCCGUUUAGCUAUUGGAAGGUGAUACCGGUUUAUUGUUCAUGAACAUCUCAGUUUAGACAAGUAGUUUCAGUUCUCCACAUGAACGAAAUCAGCUCAAAGAUAAUAUCAUUAGUCUCUUGAUACCUUGAACGCGAUAUUUGAUGUAGAUAGUCAAGCUGAUUACUAUUCCUCUAUUGACGUUGGGGUCCUGCAGGAUUCACAGACAGAUUGGUUCAAAGGGUAUGGAUUCCUCCACUUCCAACCGGCAUCGAUCAGGACUCAGGAUCUCAAACAACAGCCCUCAUAUGACUAUCCGAAGAGAUUACAAGGAGAAAUGAGGCAUCAAAUCCCAAGACGGGAACCGGGAAGAUGCCACGAGCAGAAUGACGAGUAGAUGGACUAAAAGAUUUCGGAGGGCCAUUUUCUUGGCUGAUCUUACAUGGAUCAAUACCCGAUGGAUGGGGUGGCAAUUUUGAUAAUGCUUGAGAAAUGGUGUUUUCCUUUCUUCAGUACUAAUGUUCGAGUGGGAUGAGUUCUUCUUCCGUCCCUCCUUGUUGAUUUGUUCCGUUUUCUCCUCCUUUCUUGGUCGAGAUUUGCGCUCUUUACCCAAAAAACCCAACUCGGUAAACGUUAAAUCUCCUCCUCAAAUCAAAAGAAAAAUAUGGAUAAUCAGUUUUGG